AUGAAAUUUCUUCAACCAGUUGGUCUUUCUAGGGGAUUAGCCCUUUUAUGGAAAAAUGGGUUUAUCUAUGAUGUAGUUAGUUGUGAAAACAACAUGAUUCAUGCUGCAUUUCAAUGUGACCCAAGUCAACCAGAAUUGUUAUUAUCAUGCAUGUAUGGAUACUGUGAUUAUUCUAAGAAGAAGACUCAAUGGGAAUUCAUCAAAUAUAUUGGACUUAAUAUCUCUCAACCUUGGGUACUUCUGGGGGAUCUUAAUUUUUAUAUUCUAGAUACUUCUUCAUCUGUUUCUUCUUCAGGGGAUGGUUUAGUAAAUUCUAUAAUUCAAGAGUUGGGCUUGCAAGACUUGGGUUUCAUUGGCAGAGAACACACUUGGUCAAACAAUAAUAUGGGUACUGGUAUCAAAAGAUCAAGAUUAGAUAUGUCUUUUGUUAAUGGCUCAUGGAAUUCACAUUUUCAAGAUUCUAAACUCCUUCAUCUUCAGCAGUCAGGAAGUGAUCAUUUCCCUAUAAUGCUGGAAAGGUCAGUUCAAGUCUCUCCAGGUUACAGGCUCAUUAAAAGACUUCAGUUCACAAUAAUUACUUUAUCAAAAUGGAACAAAACUCACUUUGGGAACAUUUAUCAGAAUGUUGAUAGACUUCAACAUAAAUUAUCUGAGAUUCAAGCAUUACCUUUUUCUUCAGAUAAUACUUCCAAAGCAAUUGAAGUGAGUAAAGAGUUGGAUAAAUGGCACAAAAUUCAACAUGAGUUUUAUAAACAAAAUUCCAGAGAUAACUUUGUUAAUGACAUGGAUUAUAAUACCAAAUAUUUACAUACUCUAACAAAGAGAAAGAGGGCUAGAAAUAAUAUUGAUUCUUUAAAGGCAGAGGAUGGUUCUUGGCUUCAAACUAGAGAUGAUAUAUCAGUGCUACUGUCUAAGCACUUUAAAAACAUAAGUACUUCUCAAAAUCCUACCAUUAAAGAACAACAUUAUAUUCAUAUUCCCACUCUGAUUACAUAA